CCCCGCGCAGCGCUUGCGUGUUCAGUGACCUUUCCCAGGCUUGUGGAAAUCUGGUGUGGCCUGUGGCCUUGGUCCCGCUGAGAUGCUUCAAAGCCUUAUUAAGAAUGUCUGGGUCCCCAUGAAACCCUACUAUACCCAGGUUUACCAGGAAAUUUGGGUAGGAAUGGGGUUGAUGACCUUCAUCCUUUAUAAAAUCAGGAGUGCUGAUAAAAGAAGUAAAGCUUUGAAAGGCUCCAGUCCUGCACCUGCCCAUGGUCAUCACUAACGACUCCGAGUCCAUUCAAGAU